AUCAGUGUCUCGCCAGCAGCAGAAAGGAGAGGGUGUGCCGCCGCUCGCUCCGGCCACACCUUGCCCUUAACUUUCCACGCCUCGACAAGAAUGGCUAUAAUAAUUCCCUAACCAAUCCACCAUGACAGAACCGUGAGGAUUAGACAUGCGUGAGUGUGGAUUAUCCUGUGCCUGUGAAUUAGUUGUACACAGUGUGGGAAAAGUUAUAUUACCGUGAGAAAAGUUGAGAAAAGUGAAAAGAUUGAUCUAUUUACAAGUUUUUCUUUUUCUUCACCAGAUUUUUUAAGUCAAGUGGAAAAAAAAAUGAAUGACUUUUGUUUAUUUUGGGUUUAGUUAAGUCAGUGUUGAGUUGAUGGAUACUAAAUGUGGAAUAAUAGAGAAAAUAUAUGAAAUUGAUGGAAAAAUGAAGAGAAAAGACUGAUUUUGUUUAUUUUGGGUUUAGUUAAGUUAGUGACAAAUUGAUGUACACUAAAAUAAAUGUGGAAUAAUAGAGAAUAUAUAUAAUAAACAGGAAAAAACAUAAAUUUAGAUUUUUUUUUAAAGUUUAAUGAUGUAAAUAUAAAGACAAUGGAAAGAAACACUGAAAGAUUAAAUGCAAAACGAUUAAAAUUGAUAGAAAAAAAGAAAAGAAAAGUCAUAUUUUGGUUUUAGUUUACGAGAGUGAAACGAGAAAAUAAAAAAAAUAAUAGAAUAAAAAAAAGAAGUAAAAAAGACAAAAUAAAACAGAAAAAAAGUAAAAGGGGGAAAACAAAAAAAAAACAGGAAAAGUAAAAAAAGAAAAACAGAAAGAUAGAAAAAUAGAAAGAAAAAGCAAAACAAAGAGAAAAAGUGAAAGCAAAACAGAAAAAAUAUCAUAAAAUUAACUGAAAAACAAAAAUAUAUACAAAGUUUUUAUUUUCUCUCCCCUUCGUGAUAUAAAACAGAGUGAUUGGAAUAGAAACAAGAAAGAACAGAAAAGGGUAAACAAAUAGAAGAAGAAGAAGAAGAAGAAGAAUUAGUGUUAUUAUUGUUACCGUUUUUGAAAAUAUUUUGUAAUUAAGAAAACAAACGAUGAUGUCCUGAGAGAGAGAGAGAGAGAGAGAGAGAGAGAGAGAGAGAGAGAGAGAGAGAGAGAGAGAGAGAGAGAGAGAGAGAGAGAGAGAGAGAGAGAGAGAGAGAGAGAGAGAGAAUUUCUUGAAUACACUGAAAUGAACUGUAAAUAAAAUGAAGAAUGAAUAAAAAUAAAGAAAAAAAAAGAUAAUUAUGAAAACGAAAUAAUUUUACCUGGACAAUGAGAAGAACAAGAGAAGAGAUUAAAAAGACCAUUUUCGUAAACUUUUCUGAUUUUGCAAAGUGAAAAAAAAAGAAAAACGAAAAGUACUCAGAGAAAUAAAAAAAAGAAGAAAUAGAAGAAAAUUAAACUAAAAGAAGGAAAAGGAGGAAAACUUAAGAUUCACUACUACUACUACUACUACUACUACUACUACUACUACUGCAAGAGGUCGUGAUAGGAUACAAUGUGGCCCCUCUCAGCUCUGUUUUUGGCAGUUACAGCAAUGAGCGUGACUGGGGAUGAAGGGGCGCUACCAACAACACUUCAAGCCUUUCCCUCUCUUCCCUCGCCUCUCCUCGCCUUCCAUAAGCCCUCCCAGACACCCCCAGGCCGCCACGAGCUGUAUGAGGCUGCGGAGGCGAUGUGGGCAAAGGCGCUGGCUCUUAACACCCUGGCGCCGGAGUACCAGGGGCAGAACAACACUGAGGUCGCGGCGCAGGUCGGGGGAGAGGCGACGCUUAGUUGCUACACGUAUCAUUUGUCUGAUGAAAGGGUGGCGUGGCUGAAGAGGGAUGAUGACCAGCUGCUGACGGUGGGCCAGGAGGUGUAUGCAGCGGAAAGGAGGUUCUCAGUGGUGCACGCCGACCAUGCUGAGGCGUGGGAACUCUGGGUAAAGGACGUGAAAUUGACGGACGCAGGUCAGUAUGAGUGUCAGCUGACCACCAGCCCUCCUGUGUCCUUCUUCUUCACCCUGACCGUCACUCAGGCCCAGGCGAUGGUGGCGGGGCCCUCAGAGGUGCACAUAGAGGAGGGUUCCCUGCUUGUCCUAGAGUGUUACGUCAAGCAGGCGCCCGUGCCCCCUGUCUACAUCUUCUGGUACCACAACAACACCAUGGUGAACUACGCCAGGCAGCACCACAUCCAGGUAGACCAUCAGAACUACACCAGCACUCUAAUGGUGGCCAGAGUGAGGAGAACAGACGCCGGAAACUACACGUGCCAGCCCUACUUAGCUAACCCUGCAAACGUGGCGGUACAUGUUGUGACAGGCGAGCACCCCGCGGCGAUGCAACACGGGGGCACGCACGAGGACGGGGGGCGCCUGCAGCUAGCCACGCCCCCCCACGGCUCCCCGCCCCUCCUGCCCUCCCACGCCUCCUCCUGGCCUUGUUAGCGACCGUCACGUGGUUAGAGAGUCGCUGAUUACUGGUGUGUGUGUGUGUGUGUGUGUGUGUGUGUGUGUGUGUGUUGUAAUCCUUUGUAUAUUUGCCGUGUGUUGUCAUAAUACUGAUACAUACUUCUAAUAUGUAUUUUUGGAUGUGUGCAUAUAUAUAAACGUCAAUGGAAAAAAAUAUACACACUUACACUUACACACACACACACACACACACACACACACACACACACAUUAAGCAAAUCAUUCUUUCCCCAAACUCUUAUGACAAACUUAAAAGGAAACAAGAGAACAAGACAAGUAAAGAAGAGGAAAGAUUCACAGGUUCACACAAAAAUCAUGACGUUUUUUUUUCAAGAGACUCGAACCGAACCGAACUUAACCUACCCUACCGUACCCUACUCUACCCUACCCUAACCGAACCGAACCUAACAGAACCGAACCUAACCGAACCGAAACGAACGCAAGCACGAAGGUCACUUGUAUUACACGAAAUGAAAAUAAAUGUGACUUAAAAUAG